AGGCGAAUAUGAAUAUGAACUCACUUUGCGGACGGAUCUUUAUACCAGCAAGUACACACAGUGGUACUACUUCAGAGUACAAAAUACUAGAAAAGAUGUAACUUAUCGCUUCACAAUUGUUAAUUUGAUGAAAGCCAAAAGUCUCUACAAUAUGGGGAUGAAGCCUCUCAUGUAUUCUCAGAAGGAUGCUCAGUCUCAGGGUAUUGGCUGGAGGAGGAUGGGUAGUGAUAUCAAGUAUUAUAAAUACAACACAGAAGAUGGCCAAACCCUCUAUUGCCUCACAUGGACAGUGUGUUUUCCUCACAGCUAUGACACAUGUUACUUUGCUCAAUUCUAUCCUUACACCUAUUCCGAUCUACAACGGUAUCUUUUGACUUUGGUAAGUAAUCCACUCUAUUCUCAGUAUUGCAAACUCCGCCCUCUGUGCAACAGUCUAGCUGGAAACACAGUGUACCUCCUCACUAUUACCAAUCCGUCCAAAAGUGCCAUUGGUGCUGCUGCUGCCGCAAAAAAAGCUAUUAUACUAAGUGCUAGAGUCCAUCCUGGGGAAACCAAUAGCUCAUGGGUGAUGAGAGGUUUCUUAGAUUUUAUCCUGAGUGAUGCCCCUGAUGCUCAGCUCCUCCGAGAUCUCUUCAUAUUCAAGGUUGUGCCCAUGCUGAACCCAGAUGGAGUAGUUGUGGGAAACUAUCGCUGUUCAUUGGCAGGAAGAGACCUGAACAGAAACUAUAGGACAGAGCUAAAGGAAUCUUUCCCCUGCAUUUGGUACACUCGGGCCAUGAUCAAGAGAGUCCUAGAGGAACGUGAAGUUCUGCUAUAUUGUGAUAUCCAUGGGCAUAGCCGAAAGAACAAUAUCUUCAUGUACGGCUGUAACAACAAAAAUGCACAAGAUCAGUUACUUCACGAGCGAAUCUUUCCUCUUAUGAUGAGCAAGAAUAUUCCUGAUAAGUUUUGUUUCAACAGCUGUAAAUUUCAAGUUCAGAAGUGUAAAGAAGGAACUGGACGGGUUGUGAUGUGGAGAAUGGGAAUACUGAAUAGUUACACUAUGGAAUCUACCUUCAGUGGAUCGACACUAG